AGCAAAACGGGGUGUCAGAAAAUUGUAUGAGUGAGUCAUCUAGAGAGUGCUCAAGAAAGGAGACAGACUUCAAAAUCCAACUGUACUGCUUUCUGGAGAGCUCCAAAGAAUCUAAUUCAGAUCCCAACCUUAAUCUUUACUUCAAAGCAAACUAUUAACAUCCGCCCUAGCCUAGCCCUAUUCUUAAACCCAAUCGUGAUCAAUCCUGCUUUCUGCCUCCAAGCUCUCCUUGAAUCAUGGUGGUAUAUCGAGUGCGGGUGGCCACAGGCCCCUACUUUCUGGCUGGGACCCUGGAUUCCAUCUCUGUCACCCUGAUUGGCACAGAUGCUGAGAGCCCCAAGCAGCUGUUGGAUCAUAUUGGCAGGGACUUCACCCCAGGGGCUGUUCAGAAAUAUAAGGUAAACAGCUCCUGUGAGCUAGGGGAACUCCUCCUGGUUCGGCUACACAAAGAGCGAUUCUCCUUCUUCCCCAAAGACUCUUGGUACUGCAGUUAUAUCACAGUCACUGACCCCAGUGGAGUGGUCACCUGCUUUCCCUGCUACCAGUGGAUUGAAGGUUACUGCACAGUAGAGUUUCGGCCAGGCACAGGAAAAAUCAUCUGCCAUGAUUCCCUCCCUUUGCUCUUGGAUCAUCGGAAAAAGGAACUCAAAGCCAGGCAAGAAUGUUAUCGCUGGAAAAUCUACGCCCCUGGAUUUCCCAGAAUAGUGGAUGUCAACAGCUUUGAGGAGAUGGAAUCAGAUAGGAAAUUUGCUCUGACAAAGAUGACACCCUCUGAAGACCAGGGUUCCAGAAGUGGGAAUCGUUACCUGCCAGGCUUCCCCUCAAAGAUAGACAUCCCGUCCCUGUUACACAUGGAUCCAAAUAUUCGAUACUCAUUCACCAAGACGGCAUCUCUACUCUCCAAUGCUAUACCUGCGUCCUUAGGCAUGAAACUCCGUGGUCUCUUAGACAGAAAGGGUUCUUGGAAGAAGCUGGAUGACAUCAAAAAGAUCUUUUGGUGCCAUAAGACACCUACCUCAGAGUAUGUGACAGAGCAUUGGAAGGAGGACCACUUCUUUGGCUACCAGUACCUGAAUGGAGUGAAUCCUGUCAUGAUCCAUCGACUCUCCAGCCUGCCCAGCAACUUUCCUGUCACUGACCCCAUGGUGGCUCAUUCCCUAGGUCCCAGCACCUGUCUGCAGGCUGAGCUGGAGAAGGGAUCAAUUUUCCUGGCCGAUUACUGGAUCCUCAAGGAAGCUCCUGUGGGUCAUCUGAAUGGCAAGCCCCAGUAUGUGGCUGCCCCACUCUGCCUGCUUUGGCUCAACCCUCAGGGUGCUCUUUUGCCCUUGGCUAUCCAGCUCAGCCAGACUCCUGGUCCAGACAGUCCCAUAUUCCUGCCCAGCGACUCAGAAUGGGACUGGCUCUUGGCUAAGACCUGGGUGCGAAACUCAGAGUUCCUCAUCCAUGAGAACAAUACUCAUUUUCUCUGCACCCAUCUCCUCUGUGAGGCUUUUGCCAUGGCUACUCUGCGCCAGCUUCCCCUCUGCCAUCCCAUUUACAAGCUCCUGCUCCCUCAUACAAGAUACACACUCCAAGUGAAUACCAUUGCCAGGGCCACCCUGCUGAAUCCUGAUGGUCUGGUGGACAAGGUCACAUCCAUUGGGAGACGAGGACUCCUAUACCUGAUGAGUACAGGCCUAGCACAUUUUACCUACACCAUGUUCUGCCUCCCAGACAACCUGAAGGCCCGGGGGGUCCAGUGCAUCCCCAACUACUACUACCGAGAUGAUGGCAUGAAGAUAUGGGAAGCCAUUGAGAUCUUUGUCAAUGAAAUUGUGAAUUACUAUUAUCCCAGUGAUAUUUUUGUACAACGUGAUUCAGAGCUCCAGGCCUGGGUGGGCGAAAUUUUUACCCAGGCAUUCCUGGAGAGAAAAAAUUCAGGCUUUCCAAGCUGCCUGAGUACCACUGAAGAAUUGGUGAAAUUCCUCACUGCCAUCAUUUUCAACUGCUCUGCUCAGCAUGCUGCAGUCAAUAGUGGUCAGCAUGAUUUUGGAGCAUGGAUGCCCAAUGCUCCAUCAUCUAUGAGGAACCCUCCACUCCAAACCAAAGGGACAACCACUCUUAAGACUUACUUGGACACCAUCCCAGAAGUCAACAUAACUUGUAAUAAUCUCCUUCUCUUCUGGCUGGUCAGCCAAGAACCCAAGGACCAGAGGCCUUUGGGCACAUAUCCAGAUGAACAUUUCACAGAAGAAGUCCCCAGACAAAGUAUUGCUGCCUUCCAAAAUCGCCUGACCCAGAUCUCCCAGGACAUCCAGAAUCGGAACAAGACUCUGGCCCUACCUUACCGUUACUUAGACCCUCCCCUCAUUGAGAACAGUGUUUCCAUAUAGAGUACCCUACCUUUCUAUGCCUCUAUUAGCAAAUGAGAUCUCUGAAUGAUGGUCUCUCCAUCCUUCUCUAGUCCUUAAGAGAGAAAGACAGAAACUGGAGUAUUGCAAGAGCCAUUUCCCAACCCCAGGUCUAGUCGAUCUCUAAAGGUCAUUUUGUCUAGCCCCUUGUCUCUCAGCCAUUCAGUACUAGGUCUCUUCCCAUCACACGCUCCUCAGCACACACACAUACACACAGAUAGAUAUUCUAUUCUGCUCAGAAAGCUUCAUCAUCACUCUUAUGAAGUAAAUAGGAACAAUGGAUCUCCUAACUUGGAGUCUUCCUCUCUCCUGGCCCUGAAAUGUUCCCUCUCCCAACUUAGUUCUCUGUGCCUCUUCCCCCAUUUUAUCUCCUUUUCCUGCCAUAUUCUCCCUAUGUAGUCCUCCACUCAUAGUUCUGACCUCCUCAAGUGAAAUUCAGAUCAGUACUUGACAAUAUUCAACAUCACUACCAGUAAGAGAUAGAAAAGGGAUUGUUUUUCUAUGGAAUUUUAUUAAGUUGUCCAUUUUGACUCUUGGAUAUUCAGAGAAGAUCAGGAACUAGAUGGCUCAUAUCACCACAGUCCCUUGACUUGUCUGGUUUCUAGGGUUCUUGGAAGGCCACAAUAUUUGGACUCUGGAGAUCUCAUCAGCCAGAGUCUCUUCAUUAUCCACAUUCUCUCAGAUUUCCCAUCCAUCAGCCUUUGAGCCAAAGUGAUUUAAUAAAUUUUAAUGUGAUCAGCUUCCAUUUGGAUUUUGAGUUUUGGCAUGUUGCUUCGACAGAAAGGAUGUGUUAUACUUGGUUAGUUUUGUCUUUAGUGCUAAAACUAUUUUAAUACAAUGUGAAAAUUUCAGGGAACAAGCAAUUCCUUGGUAGGAAAAAUAUAGGAAUGCUACUCAGAAUCAGAAUCCAGCAUAGCACAACUGAACUCAGGAAUCUGGCUUCAAAAUUUUUUCAGAAUAUGCUUUACACUCCAAAGAUUAAUUCCUUUGGCCAGAUAGACUUUAAGGAAAUUGAGGUACUUUUUAUUUGGGUUCAAGUUUCAGUUGUUAAAUUCAAGUCUUAACUUCCUUAUUUUAAAAAUAAAAGUGAUUUAAAAAAA